AUGUCAUCACUAGAUCCCUCUUUUCAUUCAACAUUCAAUGGCUCUUCAUCCUAUCACGACGAUGGUGGCAUGGAUUUGAGAUUUAAUUCAUUCCGAGGAACUGCUGAAGAUGGCUAUUUAGUAAACGGAUUGAAUAACCGAGAAUAUUAUGAUGGUGAAAGUGGACAUAAUGCAACCGAAGAAGGAGCAUCUCUGUUGAUGGAAAGUGGUUCAAUAAAUCAUCAUCAUAACGAUGAAAACAACGGAGGAGAUAAAGUGAACGAACAUGAAGUGCAUAUUAAAAAGCAAUUACCUUCCAAGACAAAUGCAGUAUCUGCUUUUUUGAAUAUUACAAAAACAUUUGCUGGUGCUGGAUCUUUUGCGUUACCGUGGGCCCUGAAACAAUCUGGGCUGUUAGCAGGAGUCAUUACAUUAAUUUUAUUAGCAAUUUUGAGUAACUAUACGAUGAAGCUUUUAAUAAGAUGUCGAAGAUAUAUUCAAUCUCAGGAAGAAUAUAAGGAAAAUUCAGAGUAUUGGAAAAUUAGACCGAUUCGAAUUCCAAUUUCAAAGAAAAAAAAUGUAAAUGAAGAAACAGGUGAAACAGUCAUUGAACCUGUUUAUCCCAAACGACAUCCGCCUCCACGAAUUGAAAAUCCUGAAACUGGAG